AUGGAGAGUUCUCCCAUAGCUGGUAAAUCCUGGCAACCCAGCUAUGAGCCCCAACACAGGAAAGGGGAACAGGCACCUGUCAUAUUGAAUCGACAGUGGAGAGGGGGAGGGAAUGGGUGGGGAAAAACUGCUUGGACAAAGAGGUGCCACUCCUCACAAUGCUACAAGUAUGUACUCAGAGUACAGGCAAGAAUGCCUCCAACAAAGAGAAUACAGAAUUCUGGUGCAUGCGCAUAUGUGAAAACUGCUGAAUAUUAGACUGAUGUUUUUUGUUGUUAAUGCCAUUAAAUUGCAUUUACCUGCAUUUAACAACUGCAUCACUGAUUGGGGGUUGGGUGCCUGA